ACAAUUUCUAAUAUUAAAUUGCGCGCCAAAUGUUUUUAACCGGUUAGAACUGCUCUGACUAGCUACUGAAGUCUUCCUUUAGCGCCAUUUUGACUUGUUACACGCAGGUUGAACAUAACAAAAAACACUAAUAAUUGAAAGAAAAGAAAUAUAUAAUGGCAGCUCUUGGACAACAAUGUGAAGCGGAACCGCCAACGUUUAAGCUUGUUUUGGUUGGUGAUGGAGGUGUUGGAAAAACAACUUUUGUUAAACGACAUGUCACUGGAGAAUUUGAAAAGAAAUAUGUUGCUACACUGGGAGUUGAAGUCCAUCCAUUGGUUUUUCAUACAAAUAGAGGUCCCAUCAGAUUUAAUGUGUGGGAUACAGCAGGACAGGAGAAAUUUGGUGGCUUAAGAGAUGGUUAUUAUAUUCAAGGACAGUGUGCUGUAAUUAUGUUUGAUGUAACGUCCAGAAUCACAUAUAAAAAUGUUCCCAACUGGCACAGAGAUUUGGUUCGUGUUUGUGAAAAUAUUCCUAUUGUAUUAUGCGGUAAUAAAGUCGAUAUUAAGGAUAGGAAGGUGAAAGCUAAAGCCAUUGUUUUCCACAGAAAAAAAAAUCUGCAGUACUAUGAUAUUAGUGCCAAGAGCAACUAUAACUUUGAGAAGCCGUUCUUGUGGUUGGCAAAGAAACUGGUUGGUGAUGUAGAUUUAGUUUUUGUAGCUAUGCCAGCUUUGAAACCCCCAGAUGUUGCCAUGGAUGCUGCUCAAAUGAAAAAAUAUGAAGAUGAACUUAAAGAAGCCCAAGGAACAGCUCUACCAGAUGACGAUGAAGAUCUUUAAGUAUAGGCUAUAUAACAAAUUAAAAUUGCAAAUAAAUCACUUGAACUUCUUUUUUUCACCAAUAGCAAGAGAAACUUAACACCAGGCAAUGUGUGUACAAACUUCUUAUUGAAAAGAUCUUGAAAACAAUCCAAGUCGUACAAGUAGAUGUUCAUGUGCGUGUAUAAACAAGUCAAAAACAAUAAAUAAUUGUACCGUUGACAAUUGGAACAAGGAAAUCUUGACUCGUUUAAUUAUUUUAUGGGUAUGUGUUGAAGACAAGCUGUGAGUUCUUCUUUUAUCCCAUCUGAGAUGGUUUGACAAUGAUGGUUAAAUACAGAAUCUUGAAAAUUGGUGAAUAUUUAGUGCUUCACUUACUGUUGUGAUUUCAGUGAAUUCAUAACUUCAGGAGAAAGGACAUUUGAAUCUGGUGCAAUUGUGUUUUUUUUUUCCUGAGAUUUUUAUUACAAAAACCUGUCUUAAUAAGUCAUGACUUCGGGGAACAUUUUUACAAGUGGAAGUAAUUUGAAUAUUGUGAACAUCCUAUUAAAGCAAUCAAUGUCAUGACUUAGUUUUGUUAAAUUUUGUACUAAAAUUGCUUCAAUUAAACUUGUAUGAUUGGGAAUUAAUGCAGUGUAUUGUAUUUAAGAAUUAUAAAUAAAGUUGCUCUUGUAAAUUUAAA